AUGUUCGUCACCGACAUUAGAAAGGAUUUUUACGAUGUUGUGACCAACCAGAGAGUUGCACUACUGGUUGCAGCGGACAUCGAUGCUCUCUGCGCCUGUAAAAUACUGCAGGCGCUGUUUCACUGUGACCACAUCCAGUACACGCUGGUACCGGUUACCGGCUGGCAGGACCUCUGCACUGCCUUUCUGGAACACAAAGAGCAGUUUAGAUACUUCAUUCUUAUCAACUGCGGGGCGAAUGUUGACCUCCUUGAGAUGCUGCAGCCAGAUGAUGACUCCAUCUUCUUUAUCUGUGACACUCACCGCCCUGUGGAUGUAGUUAAUGUCUACAAUGACAGUCAGAUCAAACUGCUGAUCAAACACGACGACGACCUGGACGUGCCCUCGUACGACGACAUCUUCCGAGACGAAGAGGACGAGGACAGAGACGACUCUGGAAAUGAGAGCGACGAAGGCUCCGAGCCGUCUGGAAAACGGAGGAGAUUCGACGAAGCGGCGAUUGAGAGGAGAAUUGAAAAACAGCGAGCGAGGAGGGAGUGGGAGGCACGAAGGAGGGAUAUCUUGUUUGAUUAUGAGCAGUACGAAUACCACGGCACUUCUGCUGCGAUGAUGUUUUUUGAGCUUGCCUGGGUUUUGACUAAAGAUACCAAAGACAUGCUCUGGUGGGCCGUUAUCGGGCUGACAGACCAGUGGGUUCACGAUAAGAUCACACAUAUGAAAUAUGUGACAGAUAUUGCAACAAUGCAGCGUCACGUUUCCCGACAUAACCACCGAAAUGAGGACGAGGAGAACUCUCUGUCCAUCGACUGUAUGAGGAUCUCUUUUGAAUACGACCUGCGUCUAACACUUUAUCAGCACUGGUCCCUGUAUGAGAGCAUCUGUAACUCCUGCUACACCUCCUGCAGCUUCAAGCUGUGGACUUUAAAUGGCCAGAAGAAACUCCAGGAGUUUCUAGCAGACGUGGGACUUCCCCUGAAACAAGUAAAACAGAAAUUUAACUCCAUGGACAUUUCAAUCAAAGAGAACCUGAGGGACGUCAUUGAAGAGUCCUCCAAUAAAUACGGAAUGAAAGACAUUCGGAUCCAGACGUUCGGCGUUCACUUCGGCUUUAAGAACCGUUUCCUAGCCAGCGACAUGGUGCACGCUGCUGCUGCCUUGCUGGAGAGCACAGAGAAAGACGAGAGCGACACCACAGACAACUUCAUCAAGGCUCUUGAUUCUCUUUCACGGAGUAAUCUUGAGCGUCUGCAUUCGGGGAUUAACCUGGCUAAGAAGAAGCUGCUUGCCAUCCAGCAGACUGUAGCCAGCUGCAUCUGCACCAACCUCAUCCUGUCACAGGGACCCUUCCUCUACUGUUACCUCAUGGAGGGGACACCUGAUGUGAAGCUCUUUUCAAAGCCCCUGGCCUUAACUCUGCUCUGCAAGAACCUGCUGCGGGCUUUUGUCCACUCUACGAGGAAUAAACGCUGCAAGCUGCUUCCUCUCAUCAUGGCUGCUCCCAAAGACGUGGAGAAAGGAACCGCCAUUGUUGUUGGAAUCCCACCGGAGUCAGAGACAUCUGACCAGAAGAAUUUCUUUGGUCGGGCGUUUGAAAAAGCUGCAGAGAGCACCAGCUCCAGAACGCUCCACGAUCACUUUGACACGUCAAUAAUUGAACUGAAAACUGAGGACAGAAGCAAGUUUUUGGAUGCGCUCAUCACUCUCCUGUCAUGA